GGGGCGCGCCCGCCCCAUGCUCCGGAGCCAUGAGGGCGGGCAGCCCCGGGGCCCCGGCCGCGGCGCCCCGGCCGGCACCGAGGCGGGCAAGGCGGUUUAUAUAGGGUGCCCCGCGCUCGCCCGGCGCAUGGAGCCGCAGCCGCCCUCUCCCGCUCUCUCCCGCAAGGUGAUGCCGCCGGAGCCGCUGCCCAAAGCGACCGCCCGCUGCCUCGACCCGCACGGCCGCGCCAUGUCGCAGCCCGACGGGGAGCCGCUGCCCGCAGCCCUGGAGAAGGAGGACGCCCGCUCGGCGCCCAGCACCCCCUCCACGCCGUCCGUCUGCUCCCCGCCGUCCUCCUCCUCCUCCUCCACGCCGUCGGCCGGCAAGAACGUGUGCUCCAGCUGCGGGCUGGAGAUCCUCGACCGGUACCUGCUGAAGGUGAACAACCUCAUCUGGCACGUCCGCUGCCUCGAGUGCUCCGUGUGCCGCACCUCGCUGCGGCAGCAGCACAGCUGCUACAUCAAGAACAAGGAGAUCUUCUGCAAGAUGGACUACUUCAGCCGCUUCGGUACCAAAUGUGCCCGCUGCGGCCGGCAGAUCUACGCCAGUGAUUGGGUGCGGCGGGCGCGCGGCAAUGCCUACCACCUGGCCUGCUUUGCCUGCUUCUCCUGCAAGAGGCAGCUCUCCACGGGCGAGGAGUUCGGCUUGGUGGAGGAAAAGGUGCUGUGCCGGAUCCACUACGACACCAUGAUAGAGAACCUCAAGCGGGCAGCAGAAAAUGGCAAUGGGAUCACACUGGAGGGGGCCGUGCCCUCAGAGCAGGACAGCCAGCCAAAGCCAGCCAAAAGGGCCCGCACCUCCUUCACCGCUGAGCAGCUGCAGGUCAUGCAGGCACAGUUUGCUCAGGACAACAACCCCGAUGCACAAACGCUUCAGAAACUCGCAGACAUGACGGGGCUGAGUCGGAGAGUCAUUCAGGUUUGGUUCCAAAACUGCCGAGCCCGCCAUAAAAAACACACUCCCCAGCACACGGUGCCGCCCUCGGGGCCUCCCCCGCCCCGCAUCCCCUCCUCCCUCGCCGAGGACAUCCACUAUUCGCCCUUCAGCAGCCCGGAGAGGGCCCGCAUGGUGACGCUGCAUGGAUACAUUGAGAGUCAGGUACAGUGUGGACAAGUGCACUGUAGACUUCCCUACACGGCUCCUCCAGUGCACCUCAAAGCAGACAUGGAAGGACCGCUAUCAAAUAGGGGUGAGAAGGUCAUCCUCUUUCAGUACUGACUCCACAAGCUCUUCCUCGCCUACCCAUGGCGCUCCCAGCACCACUGCCCCUCAGCCGCUGAAAUGCAGUGUCCAGCCCAAGGCAACUGUUCUCAGUCAUGCAGGAGAAACUCAGAUUCGGCGUUCUCGGUUAUUCCCAUUGACCAGCAUCUAACAUCCGCUCUUAUUUCUCCAGCAACACUCUGUGUAUGUGUGUGUCGAGUGCAGAGUUGCAUUUUUCACUUGUUUCUUGUGGACUUGUAGAAUGACAGUGAGUCUCUCCAAGACAAUGCCAGACACAGCCCAAAUGAGUGACUCUGCUGUGCUUACAAACCUUGCUCCCCUGCUGUGGGAAUACGAACACAUCAGUACAUGCUGAGUCAUGGGGGGUUGGAUGAUCACCCACGAAUAUAAAGAAAGGAGGAAUUUACGCGGUUUGGCCUGAUUCUCUUUUUGCACCAGUGAAGCACUGUUGGUUCCCGGACAUCCCUCCUUAUUUACACUUGCAUGUGUGAGACUUGAAAUGGGCUCUGGCUCAGCAACUCAGUGUACACGGAGGACUCCUGAGCCAAAGUCACAGGUAGCUGUGACUCCACUAAGUGGAAAACACGAUGCCAGCUGGAAAUAGGCAGUUUUUCUUCCUCCUCAAAGUGCUUUAGAAUCACAUGUCCUUUGAUCACUCUGUAAGGUAAGUAAAUCUUAGCGUUCCCCCCAUUUUAUAGGAGGGGAUAUGGAGAUGUCCCGAACCGAAAGGAGCGGUAGGGCUGGUCGGUGGCAGAGCCAGGCUUGGCACUCUGAAGGUUUUAAUUGCUGACUUAUUCUCAGAGCACCGACUGUCUCUCUCCUCUCACAGCCAUUUGCCAAAUCUUUUUUUUUAUUAUUAUUCUCAUUCUUUAUUAACAAGCUACUUUAUUUCCUUUGAGUCAUGUUGGGUGACAAAUGGGUGAUUUGUGAAUGUACCUACACCAAACUCUUAGAUGCUCCAUACACUGGGACUGAGAAAUCCUUAAGGGAAGCUCACCAGUAGAUGUGUAGAAAUGACUUGCUCUGGCGUGGACCCCAGGAGAGGGGCCCGGCACCGGGCUCAGUUAGUGAGAAGAGCAGGGAGGGACCGGGGAGCAGCCAGGAAAAGUGCUGCCAUCAGUGAGGCUGGCAGGCAGCGAGGCGAUGCGUGUUCCUCCACCUGGCAGCUCCUGCUCACCCCUACCCCUUACCAGAGCACAGCAGCCGCUCCUGCCAGGUCCCUGGAUGGAGGCAUGAUCCUGACUGGCUGUACACAGAGGAGCAGGCGUGUGGGGCUCACCCUUGGGGCAGUCUCAUGGCAACAACAAAGGAAGUACUCGGCCGUCUGGCCGCAGAUCAGGAAAAAAGCUCUGAAAUGAUACUUCAUUGAUGGUAAUAACAAAAAGUAAACAGCUAGCAUUUGCCAGCCCUUCUCAGCUUGCACUGAGCCAAGAGCAGGUCGCUAACAAAGCCCCUCUCCACGGGAACGCAUGAGUCUGCCUUGCUGCUAACUUUCAGGAGGCAGCAUUUCCGAGAAUGUGAAAGCCUGUGAUGAGCCACAGUCAGUGCGUAACGUGACUGAGCUGUGCCUGAGGAGCAGAAGACAGGAAUCUACCAGUUAUGUAACUUGUUUUUAAUUCGAGCCGUAGAUACUCGUGUUUUUCUCUCUGGAGAUUAAUCUCCAGCAUCAGCCCCGCGUGGUGAGCUGGUGGCACCCGCACGGUGCUCUCAGCAGUCACACUGCAUCUGCUGGGCGGGCACCAAGGGCUCCCAGUUGGAGAAAUAGCUGAACACCAGCACACGUCGAUAUCUUGAAACAAAUACAUACACACACCUCUGUGCGCGUGUGUGUGUAUGUAUGUAAAAGAGAGAGUGCUGUAAUAUUUGGACAGCUAGGCCAGUGUUCUAAUUGCAGCCAGCAGCUAGCAGAUCUAUCCUCAGUCUGAAAUAACAUUUGGAAGGAGAGAGGAAAUUAGGUCCACGAAGUGUUAUUGUCACCAUCUGACAUGUGAAUAUCCACUCCCAGGGAGUGCCCAAACACACCCCUGUGCAUGGCCUGGCAGGAGGCACUGCUCCCCAGCAUCUCUGUGCAGGAGCAGCCCCAGGGUGCUGGCGUUUGUGUCCCUUCUCCCUGUCCACUGGGGUGAGCACAGGCCCAGCACACCUCCAUGGGCUGUGAGCAGAGCUCUCUGCUUCCUGCAGCUGUGAGGCUGCACGUCACUGUGUGUGCACAGCACAGCCGGGAGAGCUGCUGGUUCGGGGGUCACCAGGGCCCCACUCCUCCUCCAUUUGAGCUUGGGCGUUCGAGUGAUUGUUUUGCUGUGGAAUUAGAGCUGUAAGCGAAUGGGUGGCCAUCCAACGUGAGGCUGAGGGAGAGACCUCAGGCUGUGACGUGACCUGACGGGCCGCAGUACUUGAGGUUCCCACAACUGUUUUGUUGAGGGAGAAAGCGGUCUCUUGUAUUUAUCUUCUGUCUCAGCAGUGCCAUGAAAGGGAGGCUGUUAAAUACGUAUCUGCUAACUAUCAGCUGAGUUACCGAUCGCAAACCACUUGUGAGUCGUACUGUACAUCCGAGGUCUGUGAUGGACACCGCUGUCGGGAGCGGCUGUGAUGUGGGCUGGGGCAGGCGGGGAGGGUCGCUGUGCAGCACGGGCCGAGGGCAGCUUCCCCCAGGUAGCCAGGAGCAGCUUUGCUAAUUCAGAAAUCAGGCUCUGUUUAUAUUAAGCCCAAAUUGUUUGCAAAAACUGGAAGCAAUUCAGCUUGUGCAGUUUUAGAGCUAAUUAUGUGUAUGGAAAAUACUCAACUGUACCAAGAAUGUAAGAAAUCCUCUAAUUUAUUCAAUACAUUGUUUCACGAUCUAUUUCACGCUGACUGUUGCCACUGAACCAAACCUUAUCUCAGGUCAUUUGCAUUCAUCUCCUGUCUGUAGAUUAAAAGCAAAAAAUAAAGUAAAAUCAUUCUCAUUUUCUUAGUUUAUUCAGUAAUUGCCAAAUGGGUUCUGGUGCAGCAGUGCAGACUCCACGUAACAAACUUCUGCAGUUGCUAUUCCCAAAAACUUCUGCAGACAAAAAUGCAGCGUAGACAGGCAGCGAAAGGCUUUUCACUCGAGUUGAAUAAGGUAACUAAAUACGGUGAGGGUCUGAAAGAGGAACGGUUUACAAUUAUUACCAGUUCUUUUUUAUUUUGGCUCAUGCUGGUUAACCCCAAUGCCCAGCUAAAGGUGCUUACACAACUCACUGGUUGACGGGGAGCGGGACUCAAUCCUGCACUGCUAUCAGUGAUACAUCUGUAGGAUGCCAACUAUAGACACAUCGGUUUUGUUUCAUCAGCCAAUCAUUUUGUUGUAGCAUGUUGCAAUUAUGCAUGUCUUGGCUACAAUGGUUAAAAAUUCUCUGAACGAGUGGACAGUCAAGACUAAUAUUUAUUUUAAAAAUUAAAACUAAAUUGUAAGCACUUUUUUGUAAAACCGAUGUCUGUUUUGUUACAUACUUUUAAUGUUGUGCUUUGUAAAUGUCUUAUUUGUGUAAUAAAUAAAGUUAAUGCAAGUAGAAGUGCUGGCACUUACAUCCAGAAAA